AUGAAAGGAUAUUAUGAUAAUGAAGGAUAUUAUCGAAAACUUAUUGAACUUCAAGAAAAAUUGCGAAGAAGUGAAGAAGAGCGAAUGAAAUUAGAAGAAAAAUUUAAUAAAAUGAUUCAACACAAACGGGAAGAAGAACAACUUGAAUUGAAAAGAUUAAAACGGCAAUACAAUAAAUUUUUAGAAGAAGAGAAAUUUCGUAGCGAACGUAAUGAUCAAAUAAUACGGACAUUAGAUCGUAUUGAAUAUAAAGCCGCAAUGUUAACAGCAAAAACAGAUCGAUUACGAAUAUUACGUGGUCAAUACGAAACUUGCAUUAAACGGUCACUUACAUGGAAUUACAAUAAUAAUAACAACAAUAUAAAACCCAUGGUUCAACAACCAACACGUGGUAUUUCAUAUGGAGAUACUCAACAAUCACGACCGGCGUCGUUAAGUAGUGGAGGUACAAAUCCAUUCCAGAGUAAAUUUAUUUAUCCCUCGACAAGUAAUGAAUAUGUAAGCAACAACGACGCUCAAUAUUACCCAAGGUUUGAUAAAUCAAAUGAGCAAAAUAUGGACAAGCCUACUUCAAUGACAUAUUUCAAUAAACAAAACACUCCAUCGAAUUUUGACAAUAAUAAUUAUGGAAGCAAAAUUACUAGUCGAUAUACUCCUACUGCUGUGCAAGAAAAUUCAGGAAUUAUCCGAGGAAACUUACCAAUUCGAAACCCUUUAAAUCAAUUUAGUGAAAAUGGAUAUCCUCAGUUCGAUGCGCGAGCUAGCACACAUGAAAAUGCGAAUACUUAUUAUCCGUCAUUUUAUAAUCAAAAAAAUGAUACAACACAUCCAACUUAUGAAAUGGAAAAAGUACAAUUACGCUCAGAAAUUAAUGGACCUCAUCGAGAAACUUGGCCCAAAUCCGAUGGUAAAAUAAGUAGGCAAGAAGAAUUAUCAAAUCAAAAUUUACCAAGAAAAGUAGAUUUCAUUUCUACAUUAUCUACAAUACAAAAUAAUCCUCAACAACUUUCUCAAGAAAUUGAAAAAUCAAAACAUGAAGAAUUUAACACAGGUAAUAUUGAGUCACCACAGCCCUCGAGUCAAGAAGAAGGCACGAAAAUAAAAUCAAAUAUCAAAGAUAAAAUUAAACCAACAACUUGUUACAUUGUUGACGACAAACAUAAUGACGCUGAGGACGUACGAAUUUUAAACAAUGCGUACGACGGUUAUUAUGUCGAUGAUGAAAGCGAACAAAUAUAUGAGGAUUCUAAACAAAAGAAUGAGCCAGAAAAACCAUCUAAACCGGAAAAUUUGCCUUCUAGUAAUGUAGCCAAACAGGUGAAGGAUACAACUACACCAAUGCAAGCAAAUCAAACUCCUAAGAUCCAAAGACAUAUUUAUCAAGAAAAUGAUCCUCAACAAGUCAAAGUUAUCGCUGAACAAUAUGCUAAUAAGAAAGUUGUUCACAAAACACCAAUAGAAGCAACUGAAAAUAUAGUGCAACUGGCAAAUGGAAGUGUUCCUACAACUGAUACACUUGAUGGAGUACCAUUAACAGAUCAGUCGUAUCAAAAAUCACUGACAUCGAAAACCAUAGAAAAUCAUGUUGAAACAUUAGCCGAAAAUUCAUUGAGUGGUGCUAAUCCUCCAGACGAGUAUACUGAUGCGAACCCAGAAAGUAACAUAUAUUCAGAAAAUACAAAUUAUGAGGAUCAACAAAUAUCAAAAACUAAUUUUGAUAAAAUAAAAGCUAAUAAUUAUGAAUCAGAGAAUACAAAUUAUGACGAUCAACAAAUUGUGAAUAAGGGGGAUGAUUUUGAACAAACACAAGCUAUUAUUCACGAUCAGGAUAAUUAUGAAACUAAUUAUGAUCAAGAAACUAUAAAUCAAGCAAAGGUAGAGGGGUAUGCAAAUUAUAAUGAAUCAGAAAACAAUGCUGAUCCCGUUGUAAAUCCAGAGGAAGCACAAAUGCAGGAAAGUUAUGUCGAUUAUAGUCAGUCUGAAAAUUAUGAACCUGGUUUAAAUCCAGACCCAGCUCAAUUACAGGAAGGAUAUGCAAAUUAUGAAUCCGGGAUAAAUCCAGACACAGUUCAGUCACAAGAAGGGUAUGAAAAUUAUGAACCUGGUGUCAAUAUUAAUCAGAUACCAGAAGUUUAUGGAAAUUAUGAUGAAUCGCAAGGUGUUAUAGAUCAAGAUACCACAUUGCAAUAUGAAGGCUACGAUGAUACACAAGCACAAUUUGAUCCAAAUAAUCCAGACGCUUAUGAUAAUACCCAACAACAAUUCGAUCCUAAUAAUCCUAUAGAUUAUGAUACUAGUCAACAACAAUUUGAUCCUAAUAAUCCUGAGGGCUACGAUAAUACACAACAACAAUUCGACCCUAAUAAUCCUGAAAGUUAUGACAACACUCAAGCACAAAUCGAUCCAAAUAAUCCUGAAGGUUAUGAAAAUAGCCAGGGACAAUACGAUUCGAGUAAUGUUGUCUACGACGAAACAAAUCAAAUAAGCAAUAUAGAAUCAUCUCAAAUAUACAAUGAAGAAUCCGUUGUUGGCGACGGCACUUCAGCCGUACAAUAUACUGAUGAUAAUCAAGAUUAUUAUGCCGAAAAUCAAGAAUAUUCACAAGUCGGUCAGGAAUAUCAGCAGGGUGUUGAAGGUUACGAUUCUAAUGUUCCACAGGAAAAUAUUGAAUAUCAAAAUGGAAAUGUUGCUCCAGAUGGAGUUUAUCAACAAGAUGGUAGUGAAUAUCCAGUAGGAAAUAUGCCUCAAGAUGGUGUCUAUCAAGACCAAGCUUAUCAAGAUAAUAUUUACUCUGAAGAAGGUCAAAUAAAUUAUACAGCAGAGUCAAAUAAUAUCCAGGAUCAAGAAUUAGCUGGGCAAGAAAAUUAUGUAAUGAAUGAUAACAACCAACCCCAAAUGAACUUACAAAAUGAAGCUCCAGUUGCAAAAUUAACAUCGAAUUUAACAACUUUAUUAGAUUCUGAUACAUCUGAGCAAUACUCGUCUGAACAACAACAAGUCCCCUCUGUAAAAGAUGAAAGUGAUUUUGAUUUUAGUGAAUCUGCUGCAAAUUAAGUGAUUAAUAAUGGAUGAAGAAACU